AUGGCCACCAGAGAUUUCACAAUAGAAAUGAUUUUCUUAUCACAGAAUAUAGUUGGAAUCCUGGGGAAUAUCUCUCUUCUUUACCAUUAUCUCUUCCUUCACUUCACCGGAUACAGGCUACGGUCCACAGAUUUGAUUGUAGAACAUCUGCUGGUAGCCAACUCCUUGGUCCUGCUUUCCACAGGAAUCCUAAGUGCAAUGGCAGCAUUUGGGUGGAAACAUUUUCUUAAUGAUAUUGGACGCAAACUUGCUUACUAUACACACAGAGUGUUCAGGGGUGUAUCCAUUGGCACCACCUGCCUCUUGAGUGUCUUCCAGGCCAUCACCAUCAGCCCCAGGAAUUCCAGGUGGGCAGAGCUCAAAGUGAAAGCUCCAAAGUACAUUGGGUCGUCUAUUUUCCUCUGCUGGAUCCUACAAUUGAUGAUAAAUAUCACUUUUACUCUUUCUGUGACUAGUAAUUGGAGCAACAAAAGCAUCACAAAGAAAAAAGACUUAGGAUUAUGUUAUACUGUAAUUCAUGACAGAAUCAGAGUCUUACUGAAUGUAGGAAUUUUAUUGUUCCCUGAUGUUUCAUUCCUGGGGCUCAUGGUCUGGACCAGUGGCUUUAUGGUUCUCAUCCUGUACAGGCACAAGCAGCGGGUCCGACAUGUUCAUAGGACCAAGAUCUCCCCUAGAUCUUCUGCUGAAUCCAGAGCCACCCAAAGCAUCCUUGUCUUGGUGAGCACUUUUGUGUCUUUGUACACUCUCUCCUCUAUCGUUCACAUUUAUUUGGCUCUUUCUCGUAAUCCCAGUCAGUGGCUGGUGAUCUUUGUUGCCCCAAUUACUGUGUGUUUCCCAACUGUAAGCCCCUACAUUCUAAUGAUGCAUGACCGCAGAGUAUCCACAUUUUUCCUUUCCUGGGUAAGGAUUAGAUAA